UCCCGGGAAGUCGUGUGAGGCGCGCAACGGUUUCUCACUCCGAAAAAUGCCGAACUGUGAUACCGACGAACGCGAUACGGCCUACAUUUUUCGUGAAUUUAGCAAACUUGUAUGAAAAAGAACGAUGGUCUAAAUGGUAGUGAUUUAAAGUGUUACAGUUGUGUUCAAUAAAUAUUAGGUGUUGAAGCAUUUUUUUUUUUUCUAAAAGUUGCUUGGCGGUUUUAAGAGGAUUUAUCUGCGUAAACAUGAUAUAUUUUUUCAGUUAAUUUUAGACUCCUCAAGUGCAUUAUGUCGGACCUAAUCCCUGCACACGCUCGCCCUAAACUUCCGAAACGAUUUAUGUGCAAUGGAUGUCUAACAAAAUAAAAAUAGCUAAACGACUUCCAGAAGGAGCUUAUAAUAUAUGACGUGCCAUUAAUUUUAACAGGCGAGAGUGUCACUUCGUUAUUUGUCAACGAGUUGAUUAAGAACUUAAAUGAAUAUUGACAGUUUUAGUGAAGACAGGUAGGGUUAUUAUAAGGGAUACGUUGUGACACGAUGGUUUCGGCUAGUGUAGACGGCCCAUAAUUCAUCCGUGUUUCUUAAUUUAAUUGAUGUAAGCGCUCACUAAUUAGGAGUUAAUAAAAUAAUUAGUACAGAUAAAAUAUGAAGUGAUAAUGAAAAGAAGAGAGAAGAGAGUGUAAAAAAUAGAAAUAAAGUUAAAGUGUUUAUUAUAAAUAUAACUGUAACAUAUAUAGAAGAUGGCCGGGGAUCUGAAAAGGAUUAAGUGGCAUUCAUACGUCCUGAAUGCGAUCCUGCUAUUUAUCUCGAUGAUUUAUGAGGCUGGCGGCCUUCAUACCACGGAACUCCACAUCGUUCCUCGAGUUGUCCAGCGAGGUAGAAAUGUAACAAUGGCGUGCCUUUACCAGAUACAUCCUAGUGAAAUAUAUUCGGUUAAGUGGUACAGGGGCACGCAGGAGUUCUACAGGUAUUCGCCGUUGGAAACGCCCACGACAAGGGUCGUAGGGCCUGUAAAUGAAAUUAGAGUUGAUAGACUAAGCUCAAACGAGACUCACGUACUGUUAACGCGAGUCACGUCGAACCUCAGUGGCAACUACAGCUGCGAGGUCAUACAAAACGCUCACACUUUCCCACAUCACAAGGCCACAGCAAGACUCGAUGUUGUCGGUAUCGGUGGUCUCCGAGCGAUCGACCUGCGGAUAUCACCGCCAGUGGUGCAGCGAGGGUCCGACGUGACGCUUGCCUGCCUGUACGAGCUAACAGACGCGCCUUUGUACUCCGUCAAGUGGUACCGCGGCCGCCAUGAGUUCUACAGAUACUCGCCCACUGAGACGCCCGCCACUAAAAUCUUCCCUUUUGCCGGGAUUAACGUGGACCUGGCCAGGUCCAAUCAAAGCCAAGUUGUGCUAACACGGGUCAGCUUCGGCUUAUCUGGGAACUUCAGCUGUGAGGUUACAGCUGAUGCGCCGUCCUUCGCCACUUCCAUCGUUUCUAAUAACAUGGAAGUCGUGGUUCUACCGCCAUCGUCACCUGUUAUCAACACGGGUCAACACUAUUACAUGCCGGGUGACGUGCUUAGAGGAAACUGUACGUCGGGCCCCAGCCGGCCACCCUCCGAGCUUACCUUCUACAUCAACGAUAUGCCUGUAACUCCAGGCAUGUCCCAAGUGCAGCCAGCAUUAGAAGGCCUAUUCUGGUCGGAGCUGUACGUCCAAAUCCAAUUAUGGCCGGCGCAUUACGAAAGGGGUGCUCCGAUUCUUCGCUGCGAAGCUAAAGUAGCAGACCUGUACAGAGACAACUCAGCCGUCGCUUUAUAUUCCGCCAAUAGUGAUCCGAAAAUAGAACGGGUGACGUCACCUGGUUCCGGAGCCAAGCUGCGCGCGUGCCAAAUCCUUCUACUCCACAUUAUCGUGUGGGCCGUAUGGGCUAACAAUACAUAGAAAUAGUCAUAAAACUCGCAAAACGGCGAUGUUUCACUGCGACAUAGGAAGAGUCAUAGUAAUAUUAUAACCAUCUGUACCGCGAAUAAAGUUGUUUAAAUCAGAAUUAGCCAUGACCUUUUUUUAUGCCCGUUGUUCUUCUUAGCGUGCCGUGCUUACGAAGGUUUGUAAUCAGCAUUUUUAACUUUGGAGACAACUGCACUGAAUAAUAGCUUGAUAUUCUCACCGUAAGUUUUUGAGCCAUAACAUUCUUCUACGGCCGGGUGUAGGUAAAGGUGGUUAAAGGAGUGUAUAGUUCUUGAUGUUCCACGUCACGUGUGCAAAAUAUUCUUUUUUAUUGGUCUUAGUCUAGAGCUUUUGCCAUGUCUGUUGGACAGCGGUGUUCUGUGAUUUUAUCCAGGUAUUUAUAUUCUCCAUCUAGAAUAUGAGUAUUACGCACGCUUUAACCGAUCUUAAUAAUAUUUUGAAUACAAAAUAGCACACUUGUAAGCUUGAGAAUAAAAAAUAAAAUAAAACAAAGCGGAUGAAGUCGCGUCUAGAUUUGAUAUAAAGAAGUUUAAAUAGAGAGUGAGAUAGAGAUAAUAAGUAUCUUAUCUUAUCUCUGUUCUUUCAAGAUUAAUCAAUGAAUAUAUGAUUGGGAUAAACUUUUUCAAUUGACUUCAAAACAGGAGGAUGUUUUUU